AUAAUCCAGUUAUUAUGAGACAAGCUGUAGGCCCUUAAGCAACUCUAUUCAGUUCCUUGGCUUUUUUUUGCUGUCUCUUAAUGAUUUCCAGUAUUUUUGAAUACCUGGAAAUCUGGGAAAUGUCGUAUGGACUGUGAGAUUUUGCACUUCAUGAACCGGAAUUGGUCCCUCUACACUUCAAAACUCAUAGUCCUAAGAAAGUUUUUUCUAUUUUUUGCUUUGCCGAUAGGACUCUGCAGUUAAGUCAAGAGGCUAAAGGCAGCAUAAAAGAGGAAGGAACUGAGAGAAAAAGGACCCCCUCCAAAAAACCCCCCAAAGAUUUCUUUGCUAGUUCAACCAAAGUAAUUAAUAACCUACUACUGAUAUUUAGCACUAUAUCUUUGCACUGCUAUGACGGAGAACUCUGUUGAAGGUCGUACAUCCACAACAACAGUUUUAGAUGGCAAGAAUGGCUCCAUCCACAAACCAGCUAUACAAGUGACAAAGUCUGUCUCUCAUGACUUCAAAACUACUUUCAAAUCUCCGGUAGCAUGGCUUCUAGUUGCAGCACUUAUAGUUACUUGGUCAGCUGUGAUCAUUGUUGUAUUCGACUUGGUGGAUUACAGAACACUAGGAGACACUAUCACACAGUACUGUGACGAUCCCUGUUUACCACCUGGACCUGUUCAGCCUGCUGAUGGCAAGGCUUUGAUUGAAGCUGAGAGCUUUCUAGGAAGUUCACUAAACAAGUUCCGGAGUAAUCCCGUUGGAAUAAUACACGAAGCAGUCGAUGACUCAACAGAUUGGAUUUAUGGAAUAUACACUACCAUAUCUGACUUCUUAUCACUUGAUGAAGAACGUAAAGCACAUGCUGAGCCUCCUGUAAAGAAAAUAGGUGGAAUACAACCAGCUAUACACCGAAAAGUAAUUCAUAAAGAGACACCUGAAGUAAAAGAAAAAAAAUUGAAAAAGGCCACAGCUAAAGCAAUUCCAAAACUCAAGGUUGUAGAAGAAGAUGAGCCAGUUAAGAAAACCAAAGCCUCGUCCAAAGCAGAAAAAGUUACCUUGACAAAUAAAGAAAGAGAUGCAAAAAAAACGGAGAAAAAAGAAAAGCUUGAAAAGGAAGCCUCAGUCAAAAUUGAGAAGAAGGCAAAAGCUGAAAAAUUAGACAAAGUCAAAACCGACAAGAAAGAAAAAGCUGAAAAACGUGUCCUGCCUGAAAAGCCUGAAAAGAAGGAAAGAGCUGAAAAACUAGCCCCAUCCAAGCCUAAGAAUAAAGAAAAAUCUGAAAAGUUAGAACCCUCAAAACCAGAAAAGAAGCAAAAAACUGAAAAGAUAGCUCCUGCAAAACCAGAAAAAAAGGAAAGAGCUGAAAAGGUAACCCCAGUAAAAGUAGAGAAGAAGGUAAAACUUGAAAAGGUAGAACCAGUCAAAGCUGCGAAAAUGGAAAAAGCCGAAAAAGUAGUCUCAGUCAAAGUUGAGAAAAAGGAAAAACGUGAAAAGCUAGUCACAGCCAAAAUUGAGAAAAAAGAGAAAUCUCAAAAGGUAGUCCCUGUCAAAACUGAGAAAAAGGACAAAGCUGAAAAGGGAGUUCCAGUCAAAGCUAAGAAGGAAAAAACUGAAAAAGUAGUUCCAGUCAAAGACAAGAAAGAAAGUGCUGAUAAAGUAGCCCCAGUCAAAGCUGAGAAGAAAGAAAAAGAUGAAAAGGUAUCCCCAGUCAAAACCAAAAAGAUAGAAAAAGUUGAAAAGGUAUCACCAGUCAAAGCUGAGAAGAAGGAAAAGACUGGGAAAGUAUCCCCACUCACUACUGAGAGGAAGGAAAGUGCUGGAAAGUUAACUCAAGACAAAACAGAGAAGGGGAAAUCUGAGAAGGUAGUUCCAACCAAAUUAGAGAAGAAGCAAAAAGCUGAAACUAGGGCCCCAGUCAAACCUGAGAAGCAGGACAAAGCAGAAAAGGAAAUCACACCACAACAAGACAAAAAAGUCAAGGUUUCUCAGGUAGAAGAAAAGAUGAAGGAUCUGAAAGCCAAAACAUCAGAGAAAAGAGAAGUAAAAGACACAAAAAAAGAAGCUAAAGAGCCUGAAGAAAUCAAGACAAAGCCAAAGCCUAAAAUGGAAACACAGGAUGCAGCAGAAACAAUGGGAGAAAUGAAAGAUCAGUAUAAUUUCUGUCGUUAUGUGGUUGAUCUGUAUUCUCAUGGAGAUGCUUCUACAGAAGAGAAAUCAAAAGAAAAACCACAAGAGAAAAAAGCAAUUCAACCACACAAACCAGAUUUAACAGUAGAUAUGGUGUCACCAGUAUCACCAGUGGUUGAAAAGACAAAAGAAGAAGAGGUGACAAUUCAUGAAGCUGAAGAUGAAUGUCCACAUGAAGAUUAUGAACAAGUUACAGCUCAAGCUACUGAAAAAGAACCCCCAAACGUCAUGCAAGAAGAACAUGUAACAUUUCAUACAGUGAAAGAGGAAAGUCCAAAAAAAGAACAAGAACCUGUGACAUCUCAAAUAGUGAAAGAUGAACGGCCCAAACCAGUCGAAGCUGAAGCAAGAACAGAAGAGAAGAAAGAAGAAAGAAGCCAACAGCCUGCAUUUACUGGUGUAUCUGCAGAUUUUGGUAUCAUGCCUCGAUUGAUCAUAAUUAUGUCAGAUACUCAUAGUAGGUUUGCUUCAAGACCAGAUGUCUCUGUAGAGUGGACCAAAAGAGAUAUGUUACUAAAGAAAGAGGAAAAGGAAGAUGAACCAAUAACACAAGAAAAGAUGGACUAUAGAAAAGAAACUCCAAUGACAUAUAUAAUAGCAGAGGCUCCUGUGAUAAAUGUCACAAAACCAGCAGAAGCAAAGAAAGAAAUACAAAUAGAUAUGCCUGUGCAAAUACUUGAAGAACCAAAGGAAAUAAAAAAAGAAAUACCAGUGAAAAUACCAGUGGAGAAACCUGAAGAACAACCAAAAGAAAUAAAAGAAGAAAUACCAGUGGAAAUUCCAGUGGAGAAACAUGAAGAACAACCAAAAGAAAUAAAAGAAGAAAUACCAGUGGAGAAACCUGAAGAACAACCAAAAGAAAUAAAAGAAGUUGUAGAGAUACCAGUUGAAAUACCAGUGGAAAAACUUGAAGAAGAACCAAAAGUUGUAGAGAUACCAGUGGAAAUUCCAGCGGAAAAACUUGAAGAAGAACCAAAAGUUGUAGAGAUACCAGUGGAAAUACCAGUGGAAAAACUUGAAGAACGAAAAGUUACAGAGAUACCAGUGGAAAUACCAGCAGAGAAACCUGAAGAAGUUUCAAUACAAAUAGAACAAGAAUUACCUAUCAAGAAACCUGAACCAAAACCUACAGAAGUUAAGAAAGAGGAACCAGUUAAGAAGACUGAACCAGCAAUAAAGGACAUUAAGAAAGAGGUACCUGUAAAGAAACCCGAAGCAAAACCUGCAGAAGUAAAGAAAGAGGUGCCUAUCAAGAAGCCUGAACCAAAACCUACAGAAGUUAAGAAAGAGGUACCAGUUAAGAAGACUGAACCAGAAGUGAAGGAAGUUAAAAAAGAGGUGCCUACAAAGAAGCCGGAACCAAAACCUGCAGAAGUUAAGAAAGAGGUGCCGUCAAAGAAGCCCGAACCGAAACCUGCAGAAGUCAAGAAAGAGGAACCAGUUAAGAAGACUGAACCAGAAAUAAAGGACAUUAAAAAAGAGGUGCCUGUAAAGAAACCCGAAGCAAAACCUGCAGAAGUAAAGAAAGAGGUGCCUAUCAAGAAGCCUGAACCAAAACCUACAGAAGUUAAGAAAGAGGUACCAGUUAAGAAGACUGAACCAGAAGUGAAGGAAGUUAAGAAAGAGGUGCCUACAAAGAAGCCGGAACCAAAACCUGCAGAAGUUAAGAAAGAGGUGCCGUCAAAGAAGCCCGAACCGAAACCUGCAGAAGUCAAGAAAGAGGAACCAGUUAAGAAGACUGAACCAGAAAUAAAGGACAUUAAAAAAGAGGUGCCUGUAAAGAAACCCGAAGCAAAACCUGCAGAAGUAAAGAAAGAGGUGCCUAUCAAGAAGCCUGAACCAAAACCUACAGAAGUUAAGAAAGAGGUACCAGUUAAGAAGACUGAACCAGAAGUGAAGGAAGUUAAGAAAGAGGUGCCUACAAAGAAGCCGGAACCAAAACCUGCAGAAGUUAAGAAAGAGGUGCCGUCAAAGAAGCCCGAACCGAAACCUGCAGAAGUCAAGAAAGAGGAACCAGUUAAGAAGACUGAACCAGAAAUAAAGGACAUUAAAAAAGAGGUGCCUGUAAAGAAACCCGAAGCAAAACCUGCAGAAGUAAAGAAAGAGGUGCCUAUCAAGAAGCCUGAACCAAAACCUACAGAAGUUAAGAAAGAGGUACCAGUUAAGAAGACUGAACCAGAAGUGAAGGAAGUUAAGAAAGAGGUGCCUACAAAGAAGCCGCAACCAAAACCUGCAGAAGUUAAGAAAGAGGUGCCGUCAAAGAAGCCCGAACCGAAACCUGCAGAAGUCAAGAAAGAGGAACCAGUUAAGAAGACUGAACCAGAAAUAAAGGACAUUAAAAAAGAGGUGCCUGUAAAGAAACCCGAAGCAAAACCUGCAGAAGUAAAGAAAGAGGUGCCUAUCAAGAAGCCUGAACCAAAACCUACAGAAGUUAAGAAAGAGGUACCAGUUAAGAAGACUGAACCAGAAGUGAAGGAAGUUAAGAAAGAGGUGCCUACAAAGAAGCCGCAACCAAAACCUGCAGAAGUUAAGAAAGAGGUGCCGUCAAAGAAGCCCGAACCGAAACCUGCAGAAGUCAAGAAAGAGGAACCAGUUAAGAAGACUGAACCAGAAAUAAAGGACAUUAAAAAAGAGGUGCCUGUAAAGAAACCCGAAGCAAAACCUGCAGAAGUAAAGAAAGAGGUGCCUAUCAAGAAGCCUGAACCAAAACCUACAGAAGUUAAGAAAGAGGUACCAGUUAAGAAGACUGAACCAGAAGUGAAGGAAGUUAAGAAAGAGGUGCCUACAAAGAAGCCGCAACCAAAACCUGCAGAAGUUAAGAAAGAGGUGCCGUCAAAGAAGCCCGAACUGAAACCUGCAGAAGUCAAGAAAGAGGAACCAGUUAAGAAGACUGAACCAGAAAUAAAGGACAUUAAAAAAGAGGUGCCUGUAAAGAAACCCGAAGCAAAACCUGCAGAAGUAAAGAAAGAGGUGCCUAUCAAGAAGCCUGAACCAAAACCUACAGAAGUUAAGAAAGAGGUACCAGUUAAGAAGACUGAACCAGAAGUGAAGGAAGUUAAGAAAGAGGUGCCUACAAAGAAGCCUGAACCAAAACCUGCAGAAGUUAAGAAAGAGGUGCCGUCAAAGAAGCCCGAACCGAAACCUGCAGAAGUCAAGAAAGAGGAACCAGUUAAGAAGACUGAACCAGAAAUAAAGGACAUUAAAAAAGAGGUGCCUAUCAAGAAGCCUGAACCAAAACCUACAGAAGUUAAGAAAGAGGUACCAGUUAAGAAGACUGAACCAGAAGUGAAGGAAGUUAAGAAAGAGGUGCCUACAAAGAAGCCGGAACCAAAACCUGCAGAAGUUAAGAAAGAGGUGCCGUCAAAGAAGCCCGAACCGAAACCUGCAGAAGUCAAGAAAGAGGAACCAGUUAAGAAGACUGAACCAGAAAUAAAGGACAUUAAAAAAGAGGUGCCUAUCAAGAAGCCUGAACCAAAACCUACAGAAGUUAAGAAAGAGGUACCAGUUAAGAAGACUGAACCAGAAGUGAAGGAAGUUAAGAAAGAGGUGCCUACAAAGAAGCCGGAACCAAAACCUGCAGAAGUUAAGAAAGAGGUGCCGUCAAAGAAGCCCGAACCGAAACCUGCAGAAGUCAAGAAAGAGGAACCAGUUAAGAAGACUGAACCAGAAAUAAAGGACAUUAAAAAAGAGGUGCAUGUAAAGAAACCCGAAGCAAAACCUUCAGAAUUAAAGAAAGAGGUGCCUAUCAAGAAGCCUGAACCAAAACCUACAGAAGUUAAGAAAGAGGUACCAGUCAAGAAGACUGAACCAGAAGUGAAGGAAGUUAAGAAAGAGGUGCCUACAAAGAAGCCGGAACCAAAACCUGCAGAAGUUAAGAAAGAGGUGCCGUCAAAGAAGCCCGAACCGAAACCUGCAGAAGUCAAGAAAGAGGAACCAGUUAAGAAGACUGAACCAGAAAUAAAGGACAUUAAAAAAGAGGUGCAUGUAAAGAAACCCGAAGCAAAACCUUCAGAAUUAAAGAAAGAGGUGCCUAUCAAGAAGCCUGAACCAAAACCUACAGAAGUUAAGAAAGAGGUACCAGUCAAGAAGACUGAACCAGAAGUGAAGGAAGUUAAGAAAGAGGUGCCUACAAAGAAGCUGGAACCAAAACCUGCAGAAAUUAAGAAAGAGGUGCCGUCAAAGAAGCCUGAACUGAAACCUGCAGAAGUCAAGAAAGAGGUGCCGAUAAAGCCAGAACUGAAACCUGCAGAAGUCAAGAAAGAGGUGCCUGUAAAGAAACUCGAAGCAAAACCUGCAGAAAUAAAGAAAGACGUGCCUACAAAGAAGCCUGAACCAAAACCUACAGAAGUUAAGAAAGAUGAAGUGAAGCCAAUGAAAGCAAUUUAUGAAGAAAAAACAAAAGUUGAAGAUUACUGGUUGAAAAUACAAGAUCCUCUUUAUUUCUUCCAGUGGGUCUCAGAUGGAGUGCUUAGUAGUCUUAAUGAAUAUGGAAUUCUUAAGUUCUUCAAUACUACUUAUUUAUUAAAUACAACUCAAGCUUUAUGGACUUUUGAAAUGCCCAUUUCUAUGGCGUUUCCUACACUAGAGGGAAAAGAUCCUCUUCAUGUCUUCCAUUGGGCCUAUGAAAACAUGUACAAUGGUAUAAAUGAAUAUGCAAUUAUUCCUUUAUUCAACGCAACAUCAAAUUUAUUGAAAGCAUCUCAAUCUUUAUGGACUAUGGAAAUGCCUAUUUCUAUAUCCUUUUCUCCACUGGAGGGUAUAGAUCCUCUUCGCUUCUUUCAUUUGGUCUAUGAAGAAGUGCAAAGAGGUCUUGAAUAUGGAACUUUAUACUUCUUCAACGUUACAUCUUUCAUCAACACAUCUUUAUGGACUUUUGAAAUGCCCAUUUCCUUCCCCAGUUUUACUCUGGAAGGCACAGAUACUUUUCAAUACUUUCAUUGGGUCUACGAGGAAUCACUAAGUGGUCUUAAUAGAUCUGGAAUUCUUAAUGUGUUCAAUAUCACAACUCAUGCUUUGUGGAAUUUUGAAAUGCCAAUGUCUAUCUCCUUUCCUACCCUGGAGGGCAUAGAUCCUCUCCUCUUUUUUCAUUGGAUUUAUGAGGAAACACUGAAUGCUCUGAAUAAUUCUGGGGUUUUGAACCUCUUCAAUAUUACUUCUUUCUGGGAUACAUCUCAUGCUUUAUGGGAUUUUGAAAUACCAAUUUCUAUUACUUUGCCUACGAUGCCUACACUGCCUACACUGCCUUCACUGGAUAGCAUAGAUCCUCUUAGUUUCUUCCAUUGGAUCUAUGAGGAAGUACAAAGUGGUCUUCAUAAAUAUGGAGUAUUUAACUUUUUCAACACUACUUCUUUCUGGAACACAACUCGUGGUUUAUGGAAUGUCGAAUUGCCUAUUUUUAUCUCCUUGCCUACUCUGGAGAGUUUAGAUCCUCUUCCCCUCUUCCAAUGGGUGUUUGAAGAAAUGUACAAUGGCCUUAACACAUAUGGAAUUACAAAAUUCUUUAACACUUCUUCAUUCUGGAAUGCAACUCAUUCAUUUUGGAGUAUUGAAACAUCCGUUUUUGACUACUUUCCUACACUGGAGAGUAUAGAUCCUCGUUGCUUCUUCCAUUGGGUGUAUGAGGAAGUGCACAACAGUCUUAACAAAUAUGGAACUUUUAACUUUUUCAACGCUACUUCAUUUCUGACUGCAGCUCGUGAUUUAUGCACAUUUGAAGUUCCCAUUUCCAUAUCCUUUGCUUGGCUGGAGAGCAUAGAUCCUCGACACUUCUUCUAUUGGGUCUAUGAAAGCGUGCUCACUAGUUUAAAUGAAUAUGACAUUAUUCAUUUCUUCAAUACCACUUUGCUGAAUGCAUCUGAUGCUUUAUGGAAUUUUGAAAUGCCCAUUUCUAUCUCCUUUCCUACAAUGGCUGACAUAGCAGAUCCUCUUUAUUUCUUUCACUGGGUCUAUGAGGAAGCAAAAAAUGGUCUUGACAAAUUUGGAAUUCUUAACUUUUUCAAUACUACUUCUUUCUGGAAUGCAACUCAUGCUUUGUGGAAUUUUGAAAUGCCAAUUUCUAUCUCAUUUCCUACACUGGAGGGCACAGAUCUUCUUAGAUUCUUCCAGCAGCUCUACGAGGAAGUACUCAAUAGUCUUAAAGAAUAUGUGUUUCCUUACAUCUUUGACUCUCCUGCUAGUGAUGAUAAAAGCCCUGGCUAUGCAGCAUCUGAGGAGAAGACAGCACAAGUGCAUGGACAAUAGACUGAACCACUAAUAAGUUGUUAAAAUUCCUAAUUUUAGGGAAAGCCAUGCUGGCUUUACUGAGAGUAUAGGUCCAGCAGCAGGUCACAAGGCAGAGAAGGGUAUUGUUAUAUGCUAGUACAAAAGGAACAAGAUGUUUCAUCUCAGGGGUGGCAAGUUCUGCACAAACAUGAGAGGCUGACAUUAAAAAGAUAAGCGUUUGAGCCUUUCAUUCAUUAACCUGAGAAAUUAUCUGACAUAUACAGUACAGUAUUUUCAGUUGUCUGUCAGGAAAGGAAAACUGGUCAGCUCCUUUAAAAUAGGGAUUGGCAGUAUCAUGUGGUAACUGUAGACAUAUAAGUAUAAAUACAUUACAUUGUAGAUCAUUUUUGUUUUUUUUUUACGUGUCUGUGAUGUCUAUGCACUGCACUGAGUAAUAAGAAUCUACAACAGAACAAAGAAUGCUGUUGUGACUUAUGUUUCUAAGGGAAAAAAAAGUUUUUAUGCAUUAAGCAGCUUAUGCAAUUGUUGGUUUUUGAUGUCAUCCUUCACCCUUCAGUAACAGACUAUCCUGCACUGAUGGGAACAAAUAUGUGGAAGCAUAUUAAUUACAUUCUUGGAGAAGCAGCUAUCUUAGAUUCGUAUUAAAAUGUCUAGUGAAUGUUCUCAUCAAAGUUGCAAUUCCAUUAACUGUCAAAUAUAUUUACUUUUUUGCAACAUGCAAUAUUAUCCCAUGUAAUUAAAUAUAUUCAUUCACUCACACUCCUGCCGUCUAAAAAGUAUAAAAGGUGUAUAUGACCCAACAAGGCAACAAUUUAUAAUCAAUUAGGUAAUCAGUUAUCUUUAAAGGUUUUUAAUUACUUUUUUACAUUUCUUUAAAUAAAUGUAGAAAACAACAUUCUACAAGAAAAAGGAACAGGGAAACAGGAACAUUGUACACAACCAAUUUAUUCUUAAGGGUAUUUUUUUAAAUGUCUGUAGAGUUGCAAUGCUUUGUGCACAUAAGGGCAAGCAUUGCUUUAAUCAUGUGUAGCAGCAGCUUUAAUCUGUGAAAUGGAUAUGUGGAAUAUAACAUCUAGAACUAUGAUCCCAGAUCUUACAGUCCCCAUAGACAGCCUGGAGGUGCAAAAUUAUUAUGAUAUUUAAGUGUAUUUUCUACAACUGAAGGUCCAUAAUUAUCUAGAGAAAAUAAUUUAGACCCAUUAAAUAAAAAUGAAAAAUGUAGAGUCCACAUUAAAUAUGUUAAUUUUAAACAGAAUAAACAUUACGUGCAUAAGACAACUGAAGAAAACUGUGAAAAGGUUCACUCUAAAAACAUUAUAGCCUGGUAUACUGGGUGAAUGUUGUCAAUCAAAAUACCCAAUAUUUUCCUAUUUUCCUAUGCGUUUUUACUCAUGGUAGCCACAAUACAACUUUAAUCUUUACCACUCUUUACCACUCUGUUUAGAAUUCUAUCCAGGUAAUCACAAAUUAACUUAAUCACCACAAUAUUUAUAUUCAGAAAUAAAUAAUAAAAUAUAGGGGAAUAUAUUUCUAAGAAAAAUUCUAGAAUGUAUUAUUAGAAAAUGACAAAACAGAAAGCAUGAUGAAAUUAAUUAUUUUAAAAAUUGUCUUAAAUGUUUGUCAAAUAUAACUUCUGCAUAGUAAAUAAACAUUGUACUUUUGUGUA